AUGGGAUAUAAUCAGUUUCGAAGUGAUUUGGAGGCAAAGGGAAGGAAAGAUAUGUUGGAAGAUUUUCCUAUCAAGUUCAACAAGGAUUCAAAGCAGGAAACAUCAGCUGGUAACAAUUUACUGGAAGCUGGUAAAGGGAAGUUACUCAGUGCUGAGUACGAUCAGAUCUUCCAUACUACUGUUGCAAGGGGACUUUAUGUCUCUAAGAGAGCUUGUUUGGAUAUCCAUCCAACAAUUACUAUUCUUGCCUCGAGAGUCCGAGAGCCUACAGAGUCUGAUUGGAAGAAGUGUGUUUGCAUGGUGCGAUAUUUGUUUUGUACAUCGUUGUAUCACCUGACACUUUCCACAGAAUCACUACGAGUCAUGAAUUGGAUGAUCGACGCAUCAUUUGCGGUGCAUCCAGAUUUCAAGAGACAUACUGGCGGCACUCUGUCCUUUGGAGGAGGUGCAGCUCAAGUGAUGUCAAAGAAACAAAAGCUAAACAGCAGAAGCAGUACGGAAGCGGAACUGACUGCUGUUGACAAUGUUGUCACAAUGAUACUAUGGACAAAGUUGUUCAUGGAAUGA